AUGUCUAAAACCGAGAAACUCAACCCUGAAUAUGAUAUGCAGCCCUGGUUGAGGAGUUGCGAAGUGGAGAUAAAGAAACCAAUUGGCGGAGAAACAACAGGUACUAUUCCACAGUGGUUGCAAGGCACGCUCAUCCGAAACGGACCGGGCUCGAUCAAAUGUGGCUCAGAGGAAUUUGUGCAUGUAUUUGACGGGCCAGCAUUAAUACACAGAUUCGCUUUAAAAAAUGGCCAAGCGACAUAUCAAUGCCGUUUCUUGAAAACAGAUACACUCCGAAAGAACAAUAAGGCGCAGCGCAUCGUUGUUUCUGAAUUUGGUACAAAAUCCGUACCGGACCCAUGCCAUACUAUUUUUGACAGGUUGGCUUCAGUUUUCAACCCUUAUGAAUCCAUUACGGAUAACGCUGGUGUAUCAGUCUAUCCCUUCGGCGAUGAGGUUUAUGCCAUGACCGAAGUGACCAAUGUUUACAAAAUUGAUCCGGAGACCUUGGAAUCGCUGGAGAAAGAAAAUCUUUUCAAUGCGUUGAUCGUUUGUCAUACUGCGCAUCCUCACAUCAUGCCCAACGGGGACGUGUACAACGUUGGUUUGAACAUUGUUAGGGGAAUGAUGAAACAUGUUAUCGUUAAGUUUCCAUACGUUGAAAAAGGAGACAUGUUCAAAAUGGCGGAAGUCAUCCAUACAAUUACACCGAGGUGGCUUCUUAAUCCAUCUUAUAUGCAUUCAUUUGGUAUGACAGAGAACUAUUUCGUGAUAAUGGAGCAGCCACUAUCAAUAUCCCUGUUUACAAUUCUUAAAAAUCACGUGUUGAAGAAUCCAUUCUCGAAUAGUUUGAACUGGUAUCCUGAACAUGAGACUCAAAUCCGCCUAGUGAAUCGUAACACCGGCGAGGAGACUAGCUAUCGUACCGAGACGUUCUUCUUUAUGCAUACAAUCAAUACUUUCGAGAAGGACAACAAGCUGAUCAUAGACGUGGUUACAUACAAAGAUGCUAAGAUCAUCGAUGCGAUGUAUGUGGAGGCGAUAAAGGAUUUGCACAACAACCCUGACUACGGCCAAUGGUCUCAAAGUCGCCCAAAACGCAUCACUAUCCCACUUGACGCCCCCCCAAACACCAAAGUGGAGAUGGAACUGAUCGCAGAUGUGGGCAUUGAAGCAACCAGGAUACACUACGAUGUGCACAAUGCACUUCCAUAUAAAUAUUUUUAUGGAAUUGGAUCUGAAGUGCAUUCGAAAUACGCUGGCUCAAUUAUCAAAAUAAAUGCGAAUACAGGAGAAGUGAAAACAUGGCACGAGUAUCAUGGAUGUCCAAGUGAACCUAUAUUUGUUCCUCAUCCCGAUGCAAAGGACGAAGAUGACGGCGUACUGCUAAGCGCACUGUUAUGGGGUAACGAUGAUCACGCAAUGACACUUCUAGUGUUAGACGCUAAGGAUUUGAAGGAGCUCGCCCGAGCAAACUUCAAGACACCCUCGCCUGCGCCCAAUGGCUUCCACGGCUGGUAUUGGCCCGACCAGACCAUAUAA